GGAGAGCCUGCUAUACCACACUUAACCAGCGGAGUGGGGGGUGGGGGGAGGGGGUGCAUCUGCCGGCGAGUCACAUGCUUACAGGCCCUUUAAGGAACCUCCUAAAAUAUACCCCAAAUCACCAAUCAUGUUAAAAAUCUUGGCCAUUCCCCCCCCCUAAAUAUAAUGAAAUCUCUGCUAUAUUCAUGUCAGAUUGCACUGAUAUGUUUGUUGCCUGUCUUUCAGAGUGUCUUUAUAAAGGACCUGAAAGGAUUUAUCAUGCAAUUACUGAUGAGGAGUUUAUCUUGGAAUGUGUUUUGCCAUCCCAACACCAUACCCACAUGUACAACAACUCAUUUCUCUAUAAAAGUAAAGUGCUGUGGUUCUGGCAACAAAAAGAUGGAGAACCAGUGAAGAUUAUCAGCAAUGAAAGCACUAACCCCAUUCAGGAAGGGAAUGCACUUUGGUUUAGACCGAUAGGGAUUAAUGCUUCUGGAGUAUAUAUCUGUAUGAUAAGGGAAGAAAUCCCAUGUCUCUCAAACAUCAUAAAGGUUCAAGCGAAGAACAAUGCAAAUUGUUCGGAUAAUGGCAGAAAUGAGCUGUCUCUUCUCAUUCAAACGGGACAUUCAAUUUCUUGUCCUGGGAUACACUGUUACAAUCAUUUACGAAGGUCACCAGUGACAUGGUACAAGAAUGGAAUUCGAGUAAUGUUUCAGGAGAUUAGACAAAGUCUAAAACUUACUGAUGAUAAAAUCGUCUUGCAUCAUAUCUAUAAGCAAGAUGCUGGUAUUUAUGUAUGUGAUUACAUUGUAUGUGACAACAGCAUCCAGUGGACAAUGAGACGAGUAGUUAGAGUAAAAAUCAUUGCACGAAACACUGCCCACACCCCAAACAUCUUGUCUCCCAGUGGCGUGAAGACCCUUGAAGUAGAAGUUGGAAAACCUCUUACAAUUGAAUGCAAAGUAUUUUUUGGCUUUGAAAGGGAUUUUUUGCCCAUGAUAACUUGGUACAGAGACAACAAAGAAAGUAAAAGUGAGCCACUUUUGCAGAAGCCAACACGGAUUCGUGUAAAAGAACUUGAAGGCAAAUCAUUUGUUCAUGUGGCCACACUCAGGGAAGUUACUGAAAGGGACCUGAACAGCAACUUCAUCUGCUUUGCUCAGAAUUCUGUGGGGAACUCGACAGGAGUGCUCAAGCUAAAAAGGAAGGAAAGAGCACUUUUCAAAUUCAUAUUAUAUGGUGCGAUUGCAGUUCUAGUUGGACUCCUGGUGGGCAGUGCUUUUGUUUACCAGCAUUGGAUCGAAAUAGUGCUGAUGUAUAGAAAUUACUUGGCCAAGGACGAAACUAUAGGGGAUUCCAAAGAGUUUGAUGCAUUUGUGUCCUAUUCAAAACAAGACUCCUUUGAAAGUGAUUCCACUUUUCUUAAUGAGGAACAGUUUGCCCUGGAGGUCCUUCCAGAGAUGUUGGAAAACAAAUAUGGAUACAAACUGUGCCUUCUUGAAAGGGACAUUCUUCCAGGAGGAGCUUACACUGAUGAUAUCGUAACAGCUAUUCAACAAAGCAGGCGAGCUAUAAUUAUCUUGAGUCCUGGCUAUGUCAAUGGACCCAGCAUCUUUGAACUGCAGGCAGCAGUGAACUGUGCUUUAGAAGAUAACAUGAUAAAAUUGAUUUUAAUUAAGUACAAGUCGUUCCAAGAGCCAGAAUCUUUACCUCCAAUAGUGAAGAAAGCUCUUAAAAUUUUACCAGUGGUUACCUGGAAAUCUUCUAACUCUAACUCACCAAACAAACAAUUCUGGAAAUAUAUGCGGUAUCACAUGCCAGUGAAAAAUACCAGGGGGCUAGGGAAAAACAGUCUAAAGUUUUUUUCCCAUAGGUUAUUUAGCAUGGUUAUCAAUAGCAGAAAGGUCGCUUGGAGAAGAUAGCAGACUAAGAAAUAGUGAGGUGAUUGUAAAGGAACUUCCUGUAUCUGCUACCACCUGACCACAAAUUUAAGAGCUCAUCAUCUUUUGUCUCAUUGAUAGCUCACUCUAACAUAAAGUGAAAAAAACUUCCUAUAAUGUGACAACCCUAAAGUCUUCAGUAGAAGCAAGCGGGACUGGAUGCAGCUGUGAUAUGAUAUGUUUUUCUUUUAUUAUUAUAUUUAAUAUUUAUUAUUUUCAGCAAAAUUGUAGCCAGAAACCUCAGUGAGAAUGUGGGCCCCAUUGUAGUAGAUAGUGUAUAAACCUAAGACAAUAGAGAGCUUACAGUGCAACUAUAUAAUUAAUAAUAAUAGUAAUAAUAUCAUAAUUCUAUUUCUAACUAAUAUGCACUGUGUACACAGGCUUUCCUGUGUGAAAAGAAUUAAAAGCAUAAAGAAAUACGGAUGGGAUUUUCAUUCUAUUUGCCUAGUUCUGCUGUCAUUAAGUCACUGGUAAAACUCCCAUGGAUUUCAGUGGGAACAGAGAUAAGCCAAGUUUGAGCAUUUUUGAAACUCUAACCCCGGACUUUUUUGUUUGUGUUCUUUUGCCCUGCUGUUGAUAAUAACAGUACCCCAGUUUGAAUGCCUUCC